ACGACCACCCUCUCUCAAGCCCAGUCGACACAAGUCUCUGGGCGGCAGACAGCUCAUCUUCUGGGCCUACUCUCUGCUCUUGCCAACGCUUCCAGCGGAGCAGGGAAGGUGGACACCGCGAAUGGCGCCAUCACGACGUCCAGCGGAGCGCAUUUUCUUUCGCAACCGUCCUCCGUAUCAUCGACACCUCUGGUCACCAUAGAUGGGCCCCUCGGCGCUACAUGUCCAAUGAGCUUCCCCACAGCUCUUGUCUCGGCUCUGAUGCCGCCGCAGGUGACUACCAAAGGUGUGACUCUAGGUGAAUGUAAGUUCCGAGUCCCCCUUUUUAGCUUGUACUUUGAGGUCAACUAA